CUUGGGUCUAAUGGCCAGGGAUGGACUGUCAGGUGCCCCAGCUCUCAUGCCCUGGGCUCACUCAUGCCUCCACCUAGUUCUCUGGGGUUUUGUGAAGCUAUUUGUGGAUUGUUGUUUUACUCAGAAAUGUUUCCUUUCCCCAGCACCGCUGUCUAACCCUGAGCUCAAGUCUCUCCAACCAAGCUUAGAGAUAGAAAUUGGCCAGAACGUGACACUGUCCUGUCUGUGCACCAAUGGCGCUCUUCCAAUCAACUAUACGUUUUUUAGAAAUCAGAGUCUGUUGUCUAUUAUAACCAUGAAGGAUAGGAACCCAGCUCUGCAUAACCUCACUAUCAAUUCUGCCAGCGACUUGGGGGAAUAUAAAUGCAAAGCUGAAAACAGAAAUGUCAACAGCUCAAAAUACAGCACGGGUCUCACCUUUACUUUCCUAGAUCCUGUAUCCAAACCAGUGUUGAGCGCGACUACUUCCUAUGUGAAGAUGGGCCAGAACGUGACCCUGUUUUGUCACUCAGAAAAUGGUUCUUUUCCCAUUGAUUACAUGUUUUUUCAAGGAAAUAGGAGUAUAUCACGCAGAAUACCUGUGUCAGAAAAGGCAAAAGCUGUGUUAAAUAUAACGAUCAAUUCUCCCAGUGACUUGGGCAACUAUAAAUGCAAAGCUAAAAAUAAAAUCUCUAAUCAUAUAAAAUAUAGCAGCAGUCUCAACUUUACGCUGGCAGAAGAGAAUGACCCUUCCUAUCUCCUCUGCAUUUUUCUUGGGCUGCUGUUUCUGCUGGUGGUGAUAGCGAUUGCCCUACUGAUUCCAUUUUGGAUCCUGCCUUGGUGUAAAGCAAGAAAACUGAAGUCAGCAGGCUCCUCAAGAAGUUUUGUUUCAACAGAAAAGGCAACAGGGUCUGAAAACUAUGUGACAUAUACUGAGAUUGAGUAUGCUAAAUCUGAAGAAAUGGAGUAUGCUAAUGUAUUGAUUACUGGAAAGGAAGACAACAGGAAAGUGAACAUAAGGGCAGAUACUACUAUUGUCUACUCUGAAAUCAUCAGGAGAGAUGAAAUGCAAGCUGAACCACGCCAUUCUCCAGAGUAGCAUCACUGAUCAAGACUGUGAAGAGGACACUCAUCUCAUCAUACCUGCCAAAGAAGGAACACUCAUUAUUGCUGUAACAGUAUUGGUGUCUUGGUGUGCAACAGACUUAAAUUGGGGUUAUAUCCCAGAGCACUGUAUAUAUGUUCAAGUUUUUCUAUUUUGUUCUGUGUCCAAUAUGAAGAAGCCUGUUUUCUUACUUUCAGCUGCUUAAACCUUCUCUAGUUAACUGUGGUAAGUUAUUAGAUUCCUUUGCAACAAAAGGAGAAUUUAAUUUAAUAAUCUACAACAGGGACAUUUUUCAUAGUGGAGAAAUAAUAACAUUUUUCUCCUCUUUACUAGCUUACACAACCAUGCUUCAAAGAGCAAUGUACAUGUAUGUGACUUAUUAAAUUUGCUAUGUUAAAACAGUAUGAGUUAUUGCUUGUUGAAAAACCUCAAUUAAUGUUAAGAGAAAAGCACAAUCUAAAUUCUUUUCACUCCUUAAAUCUAUUUAUGUCUUGUAGACUAAUAUAGACCAGUUUCAGCCAUCUUAGCUGGCAUGAGCAAUUCUUAUACAGCAGGACUGCUUGAACAAACAAUUACUACUAAAGCUGGUAGUGACAGCAGGGCUGGAUUCUAUAUAACAAUUGUUUCAAAUCAAAUGGCUUAAGAAUGAACUGCAGAAAUCAGUCCUGACACAAAACUGGAUGCAAGCUGAUUCAGUGGAUGUGUAAUUUACUUUAGGGAACCACAAUUUUCAGUCAGAAUUUCCCAAAUGGUUUAUUAUUAGCAACUAAAGAGAAAAAAAAGUUGAAGUAUGGAAAUUAAGAGUACUGAAAUCCCUCGUUAUUUGAAGUGAAUACGCAUUAGAGAUAAAGUCUCAAUCUGUGUUUUAAUACAUAUCUUCAGUUAUUUGAUUACUGUACUUGAUGAUUUCAUAAUGAAAUCACAUUGAUUUUUGCUACCUUUAAGGAAAGUCAAAUUUCUACCUGACAUUUUAUUUCUC